AUGGCUGUCCCGCUGCCACCCGCUUCCAACCUCCACGCCAUCCUCCUCGUCACCAAGUCGCGGUCACUCGGCCCCCGUCUCGUCUUCCAUUAUCCACCGCUCUCGCCUUCAGCAGCCGCACUCGCCGCCGCGAAAGACCCGGCCUGGUUUCGGCACGACACUUCGACGGCCAGCGUCGAUUCGCGCAGUUCCGACAGCGAAUGGGACAGCAGCACCGACUCGGACGACGACAAUGACAUCGAGAUAGGCAGUCGCACCAGCGGCGGUCGCGCAUCGGGGAGGACCCUGACCGGCCGCGUGAGCGACAAGUCCAAGCUGGGAUCGGGGCUAUGGGGCAAGCAGGAGACAAUCGACGAGGAGGAUGCGGAUGACGUCAAUGACCAGGACGGUAAUGGACAUCGAGGCAAGGGUGGAGAUCACGACUGGGAUACCGUGCUGGGCUUCAAGAUGGAUGCGCUGGAGAAGAUGCUGAGCCCGAGCAAAGAAUACAACAAGAGGCGCUUCGAGCUUGGCGUUGAGAGCAUCGUCUUUCUCGGCGCGCCCAUGUUUGUAAGGGACGACGGGCUCUGGAAGAAGGCGAAGCGGAAGAAGAAGAAUCGUUCAGAUCAACAGAAGCUUGAGGAUGGCGAUCUGGUCAGGAAUCUCACGAGCGCAAGCGACGACGACGCGAACUCCCCCGAACCGUCGAACGAACCCGUCCCAGGAUUCGAGCCAGGCUACGGUCACGACUCUAUGUCGAGUGGACCGUCGGAGGCUGGAUCAGAUGCACGCAGCAACUCGACGAGCCUUGACAUCAACAACCCCGACAUGACCAUGUUCAACGUCGUCUUCGUGCUGAACCCGCCUGCGCUGGAAUACCAACAACGCGUCAAGGAGAUGUACGAGAACGUCACGCGCAAGUAUGCCAAAGCACUCAAGUACGAGGAGGCGCGGUUCCAGUACGUGUGGAAGGAAUCCAAGCGCAUCAUCGACAUCAAGCAGCGCGCCAAGGAGACGAACGAGUCUUUGACGGCGACAUGGCGCAAAAUUGUCAGCACGUCACCCCUCGCUAAGUCUAUCGCUAUCAUGUUCGACGCGAUCUCGCACGACAAGAUAGCCCACAUCCACUUCGAUGCGACGUUCAACACAUCCUUCCAGAUCCCACAGGCCGAUUCCACUCCCUACCUCCCCACCGCGAUCGAACCGCAGAUGCCAGGUCUGUGGCUCACGACAUCGAACGUCAUACUUGAAGACGAUGAUGCGCCUAUGACACAGCAUGCCGCCUUGCUGCUUUUGGAGGAUGCCGAAGUGCUGAUCAAAGACCUGGGCGGUGAUACGUGUGGCAACGCCGCAGCCAUCGCAUUCUACAUACGCAACAUUAUACCCACCAAGUCGCUGCUGAAGAUCUCGAAAAAGCAUAACAUAUCCGCGCACGAUAUGGAGUACAUUGCAAGCCAUCUUGUCUACUGGCGGCGGGCACGUCUCGUCGCUCCGCUAUCGCCACGCGACACAUACAUCGUCAGUCCAAACGCCGACAUGACUGUUCUUCCGGCUGCGAUCUCGGUAUAUGCGCAGCGCUUCCCCACGUUGCCUACGCUGCCUAAAGUACUGAGCAUGCUCUCCGGUACACCUCGGCCGUACAGGAACUUCAUACCCACCGCCGAACAUCGCGAAGCGUACAUGGAGAUACUGGCUUGGCUCAUGCGCGGCGGCUGGGUCACGCAGCUGCGCACAUUCGCCUGGGUGCGCGUAACGCCUGAGAUCAAAGCGCAAGUCGCAGCAGAGAUGGAGCGCGAAGAGCGCAUCAAGAAAGCUGAAGAGGCGCGCAGAGAGUUGAUGAGCGACAACGAUUCGGUGGCGGAUAGUCUCCUCUCCGACAAGCGAAGCAGCUUGCUUUCCCUCAACUCUGCGAGGACCUCAUCGCCUUUGCGCCGCACGCGCAGGGAUGCGGACGAGGAGAUGGAGAGCAGCACGAUACUGAGUCCACGACUCGGAUCGACCGCCAUGUCGCGUAGCGUUUCUGCGCGGACGAGUUCGGACGCCGGGAGUACGAGCAGUCAACGCACAACGAUUGCGCUUACGCCGUCACAGAGAGCAGAGUCGCCAUCUCAUCUUGGGCUUCGAGAUGUAAAGCCCCAUCGCCCGUCGCCUCUACAUCUCAAGCCAACCUCCCCAUCUCCAUCGCGCAACUCGAUAGUCUCACCCACUUCCCCGGUAGAGAAGCUGGCCCCACCAGACCCAUCGUCCUUCGCACCCACCACCAUUCUAUCGCCACAGAAAGCGUCGUCGAUAGAAGCGCGGUGGCUCGAUAAGAUUGCCCAGACAUUCGAAGAGACGGCGAUCAUCUCGACGAAUCCCAGUCCGCCGAAACACGCAGAUGGCGCGCUGGGUGGCAUAACCGGUAAAGAGCUGCGAGAGAGCUGGCCGAUGCUGCUCAGGCAUCUGGAUGGUAAGCAUGCGAUCGAGGAUGUGUCGGCUAGAGAGGGCAUCAAGCGGAAGCGGGUCGCGGUGCUGUUCAAUGCGGUCAAGGAGAGAGGCUGGCUGGUUAUUGCGCGGCAUUGGUGA